AUGUCUUCCGACGCUUCCCACCUCGAACCCGUCAGCCACGAUAUGGGGCGCACCUUGAGUCCCAUCGGCACGCCGAGUGUAGCUCGCCUGAGACUUUUGAUCAGAGACGAGGUCAAUAACUGCUUGCGCGCUGAGCGUGGUCGAGAACAGUUCAGUUUGCAGGAGGAAGGGAGGCCCGGAAGUUCUGGACGGGUAGUUGGCCGCGCCGAACGCAGAAGACAUGAAGAGGAUAGCGCCGCUGCUUUGGCCCAACCGGUUAAUAUUGAUAAAGGGCCUGUGGAAAGGCUUCUUCCUAUCUUGCUGUUCGGUUUCAUCGCCGUGAUCUGGGUCAUCACCAUCGUGGACUGGCUGGAAAUACGCAUGAAUCUGGCCUGGAAAUUGCCCGAACAAGAAGCGCCGCUGUUCUGUGCCGUACGCCUGGUUGGGGCCGUCGCAGGGUCCAGUGUCGCUCCUCAGCCCUCUGCCUGGUGA